GUAGAGUUUCUAGAUGCUUAAACACAUCUAGUAAUCACAGUAAUAAGGUCAGACUCUCGGCUUGAAGUUCGCCGUGCGACCGCUGGUGGGUAUUGGCAUUGAUGGUAGGAAAGAUGGUUGUUUAACCACACCAUCGGAGCAAUAUCUUCUUCCGGAAGGCCCUUCUUCAAAGCCAAGGAUUACACCGCGGCAUCCUACAGCUCUAAUAUACGGAGAGAUGCCGGUACUCUACAAGAUACAAGCUCACAGGCUUUGUUCCCCUCUUGUCCAUCUAAACUAUACUCGAUCUAAUCACGAACUCCUUACAUUUUUUCACGUGCGUAUGGAAAAAUAAUUGCUUGGCCUCACAGAAGGUGAAAAGUGACAGGUACCGUGCGUGGGUCACAUUCUUGUAAUCUCCGCAAUUUCACUUCACAAGGUACCAAGUCGACCCCGCUUUUUUGAGGAGGUUACAGAAGCUCUUCUCGCUGUCGCUUUCUAGGUCUCCAAAUCAAUCUUUGAAACUGUACACUCUUCAGUUCUGCACCGAGCCAUCAAUAAUGCGUUUCGCAGCUGCAUCUUUAGCAUUGCUUCCAGCUGUUGCCCAGGCAGUUAACAUUGUUUCUGCAAACGAUGAUGGCUGGGCCGAGAUCAAUAUCAGAACUCUGUACAAUUCUCUGACCAGUGCGGGACAUGAUGUUCUCGUUUCUGCCCCUGCAGAGAACAAGAGUGGUGCAGGUUCUCUAACUGGUACACCUACUGUCCUCACUGAGGCAUGCGAAUUUAAUUCCUGUCCAAGCGGGAGUCCAGCAGUAGGCUAUAAUAGCUCAGCUCCUCAAUUCAACUACGUCAACUCUUACCCUGCGACUGCAAUGGAGUAUGGCAUCGAAACGUUGGCUCCAGGAUACUUUGGAGGUGCCCCUGACCUUGCAGUUACUGGACCAAACGUCGGAGUCAAUACUGGUGUUAUAUCUUUCGUCUCUGGUACUGUUGGAGCAGCGAUUGAGGCCGUAGGGCUCGGUGUACCAGCAAUUGCUUUCAGUGGAGCCGAAGGAUCCGCAACCGCCUGGAAUGUUGCAGCACCCGCCUAUGCCACUAUCUAUGGCGAAUUAGGUGCAAUAGUAGUCGAUGCCAUCGUUGCUUCCGGUACCCCAUAUCUCCCAGACGAAACGUUCUUAAACAUCAACUUCCCUGAAACUGCCGAUUGUACAUCGGCGUCUGACUUCAGCUUCGUUCUUUCCAGAAUUUACACUGCAGUUCCAUUGGUUAGUGGUACUGAUGUCGUAACUUGCAACAAUGGAGGUAGACUCCCUACUGAGACCAAAGUUGUUGGAACCGAUGGAUGCUAUGUCAGUAUCAGUCUUGGUGGAACAAACAAGAGGGAUAGUAGUGCUGCCAACCAAGCAGUAGUCUUGAGCAAGCUCUCUAGUAUUCUUACAUGCUUACCUUGAUUGAGAGGGACAUUAGCCCAACAUCAUGGGCGGGGAAUUCGAGAAGACAUUUCAUCUGGAUUCAUCAAAAUAGAUAUCCAAAUUCAAAGUCAUACCGAAUCAAACUCCCGUUUUGUAAGCUGUACCGGGCGCGAAAGUGAAUACCCUGUUAGUGGACGUGAAAUAUUUCAAAGAGAAUGGUACCUGAUCAUUUGCAACUGUUGUGUCCAAUCUGUACCACUCAUGAUCCACGUUAGACCACUGACUCUUCGUCGAAGCUAGAAGGUCUCUCCAUAAACCUGUGCACGCAAAAAUUGGCAAGAAAUGCGUAAUGAUCAAAGUUCUCAGUACAGUGAAAUACAAUUCACAAGUCGCACCCUAGUAAUAAGAUGGAAUUUUUGCAGGCCGGAUAGUGUUGGUAGCCGUACCUAUUCUUCUAUCCUCGGUUAUAAAAUUCGAACGAUGCUGAGCUUUCAUCCUAACCAUAGUAUGGAGGACUUUGCAGGAUGUAAUCCUGGAGUCUUCGUUGGCUAACAUGUUGGUUAAAAUAUCUUAGUACUUUGGCUUGUCACUGUACGGAGGUUUGUGGAGAUCGCAAUAUAUAAACCGCGACUUCGUUGGAAGGCCAAACUGCAGGUCGUUCAAAAUGGAUACCAAAGACGAUGGACAAUUGUAGAUGAGAGGUUGACUGAUUAGUUAAUUUUGUAUGUGAUAUCGUUUGAUCUAUACACCACUGUCUCUGCGUGGGC